AUGACGCAAGCCAAAGUUCAGGCAGGUUUUCAUCGUCCACAGAGAGGUCUGCAGUAAAUCAGUCCCUCAUUUCAACACAAGCUGACAUCAUAUUCACUGGGAGGCUCACAUUUCCUAUGUCUCAUAACCAAGCAUUACAGCACCCAGCAUUACAUCACCCAGCAUUACAGCACCCAGCAUUACAGCACCCAGCAUUACAGCACCCAGCAUUACAGCACCCAGCAUGACAGCACCCAGCAUUACAGCACCCAGCAUUACAGCACCCAGCAUUACAGCACCCAGCAUGACAGCACCCAGCAUUACAGCACCCAGCAUUACAGCACCCAGCAUUACAGCACCCAGCAUGACAGCACCCAGCAUUACAGCACCCAGCAUUACAGCACCCAGCAUUACAGCACCCAGCAUUACAGCAUUGACUUCUAAGUCCAAGUUUUCAGCGUCAUUCUAUUCACAUCCUUCCAAAUGCUUCCAUAUGUGUAAAUCUGUGUGUAUUUGUAUUUGUGUGUGGUGUGUGCGUGUGUGCCUUCCUGCAUGUGUAUGUGAUUGUGUGUGUGUGUGUAUGUGUGUGUGUGUGUUUUGAGUUUUUGCACACAUUCCUGACAUGUUUGUUAUCCCUGUAGGAGCCAGAGGAGGAUGACCCCUUGCCCAAGAAGAAGUGGGCGACUGUAGACGCCUCGUACUAUGGAGGGAGAGGGGCUGGAGGGAUCAAACGCAUGGAGGUUACACUCUAAACAUUAUUCUGUUCAUGUAGCCAAUGUGGAAUUACUAGCUGGUUAGCUGUGUGUGCCCUAGUAGUGUCCGUCUUGCAAGUGACACAGAUUGGAGGACAGUGAGGGACAGGGACGUGUCCUCUGUAACAUUCAGUACACGUGGGUUGUCUGUCCUAUAUUUCUGGUACUGUCUUAAACAUCAUGGCUUGGUUUCUCUGACUCAGAGAGCCCUGGUGCCGGAUACAAAUGGAGAUGGAGAUUCAGUGGAACACUAUCAGUGGAGAUGAUGUCAUUUUAUUUCGUCUAUCUAAAAAGAAUGGACUUAUUUUAUCAUCACAACCUGUGUGGGUUGUAAAAACCCCUGACUCUUUACAGUCACUUGUCUUCCCCCAACAACAUUACUGAACAGUAGGGUAAUGUUAAUACAGUCACUUGUCUUCCCCCAACAACAUUACUGAACAGUUGUGGUCCUCUGUAGCUCAAUUGGUAGAGCAUGGCGCUUGUAAGGCCAGGGUAGUGGGUUUGAUCCCCGGGACGUAAAAAUGUAUGCGCACAUGACUGUAUGUCGCUUUGGAUAAAAGCGUCUGCUAAAUGGCUUAUUAUGUUAAUAAAGUCACUUGUCUUCCCCCAACAGCAUUAAUGAACAGUAGCAUAGUUUUAGCUAUGCCUUGGCUGGUUCAUGUUGAUGGUAAGGCCCAGGCCUUGGCUGGUUCAUGUUGACGGUAAGGCCCAUGCCUUGGCUGGUUCAUGUUGACGGUAAGGCCCAUGCCUUGGCUGGUUCAUGUUGACGGUAAGGCCCAUCACUCAGAACUGGUUCCCAGAGUGUGACUCACCACUGACACACUGGAUCUGGAAUCAUCUGGUGCUAAAAUGUCACCUAGCAACAUGCCCAGAACAGAACAGCCUGGACGUCUUUUGUUAAACGUUCCAGAUGAGAACAAACUCAAACCCCUCGCUAUACUGUAGCUCUGCCGGCCUGCCAGUGAUAUCAGGGGUGUGCAAAGUAAAGCGAAUCUUCUGGGGUUGUGUGUGUACGGUACAGUAGGAUGAGUCGUAUCUGUGUGUGUGUAUGUGUGUGUGUGUGUGUGUGUCUGUGUUUGUGUGUGUGUGUGUCUGUGUGUGUGUGUGUGUGUGUGUGUGUGUGUGUCUGUGUUUGUGUGUGAGUGUGUGUGUGUGUGUGUGUGUUAUGAUACGACAAGGAGUCCUGGCAUUCUUGUCAGCUCUCUGACGGCUUUGACAUGACAGGUGCUGCCAUCACUCCUUCUCUCUCCUGUCGGCUUGAUGUACGUCUACAUCUCUCCAUCUCUCCAUCUCUCUCCUCCCUUCCAACUCUGGGCCUUGUUCAGCCCACUGUGUCCCUCCCUGCCUCCUUCCCUCCUUCCCUCCCUCGUCUACUACGUUCCUCGCCUGCUUGCUUUUUCUCCAAAGGGAGUAGACGUAGCUUUCAAGCUAACACGUUUAAAUCCCUUGCUUCACCACCCUGUACUCCCUACCCCAUAUCCCCUAUCCCCCAUCCCCUACCCCAUCCCCUACCCCCUAUCCCCUUACCCCCUACCCCAUGUCCCCUAUCCCCUAUCCCCCAUCCCCUACCCCCUAUCCCCUAUCCCCUAUCCCCCAUCCCCUAUCCCCUAUCCCCUACCCCUAUCUCCUAUCCCCUACCACCUAUCCCCUAUCCCCUAUCUCCUACCCCAUAUCCCCUAUCCCCUACCCCAUAUCCCCUAUCUCCUAUACCAUACCCCUUACCCCACCCCCUACCCCCUAUCUCCUAUCCACUAUCCCUAUCCCCCUACCCCAUAUCCCCUAUCCCCUAUCUCCUAAACCAAUACCCCUCUACCCCCCUACCACCACCCCUACCCCCUACCCCCCCUACCCCCUACACCCACCCCCUACCCCACCCACCACCCCUACCCCCUACCCCCUACCCCAUCCCCACUCCUAACCAUACCCCUUACCCCACCCCCUACCCCACACCACCCCACCUACACCCCCUACCCCCUAUCUCCUAUACCAUACCCCUUACCCCCUACCCCCACCUAACCCUACCCCCCACCCCUACCCCCUAUCCCCUACCCCCUACCCCCUAUCCCCACCCCCUAUCCCUACCCCCCUAUCUCCUACCCCCACCCUACCCCUACCCCCUACCCCCACCCUAUCCCCUACCCCCUAUCCCCUAUCCCCUACUCCCUAUCCCCUACCCCCUAUCCCCUACCCUACCCCCCUACCCCCCCUAUCUCCUACCCCAUAUCCCCUAUCCCCUACCCCCUACCCCCUAUCCCCUAUCCCCUAUCUCCUAUACCAUACCCCUUACCCCCUACCCCCCUAUCCCCUAUCUCCUACUAAUCAGCACCGAGGACGUUGGUGGCAUAGCGGGGAUUUCCGAGGGCCGUGGGGGGGGAGCAAUAAUACCUCCAACUUUACCCACAAGUGUUGUGUCUUUGCUCAGCCACCGUCCCGUCUCACAUCUCCUCUCUCCAUCUCUUCAUACGUCCCCUAUCCACCAUCUCCUCUCUCCAUCUCUUCAUACGUCCCCUAUCCACCAUCUCCUCUCUCCAUCACUUCAUACGUCCCCUAUCCACCAUCUCCUCUCUUCAUAAACACCAUGUUGAUACUCCCAGACAGCCCUUCUCCACUUCUGAGGCUGUCUCUGUAGAUCAAGGAAGAGUUUCUGUGGAUCGGGGUAGAGGUGUUGUUUAAAGAUCAACCUGUCAUUUUCUCUAUUCCUGUAAAAGGAAGCGUGUUGACUCAGAGAUGUUGACGCACAAUGCACAUACGACCUGCAGCGAUGGAAUGUACAGGGAAUCUUUUAUUCAUCAGGGUGGAUAGUGUAUCUGUGGGUGAGGGAUAUCCCAUGUUGCCUUAGGUUUACAGGAAGUAGUGUGUGUGUGUGUGUGUGUGUGUGUGUGUGUGUGUGUGUGUGUGUGUGUGUGUGUGAGUCUGCGUCCCUCCAUGCGUUUGUGUUUUAUUCAUCAGGAUUGAUAGACAGUUAUACAUCUUGUAUAUCUGUAGGGAGGUGUGUAUUUCCCAGGUGGAUGGUGAUCAUGAAAAUCUGUUCUGUAUUGUAGAGGCUUAACCUAGAGCUUGAAGAGCAUGUCACUAAUUAAACACUCACCUCUCUUCUGCCGUGCCGGUGGAUUUACCCGGCAACAGCUGUGAUGCAUUUAAUUAAAACAGGAAGCUUAGGGGGAAGCAGAAAAAAAGGCACUGUGGGAAAACAAUAAAAACAACACCAAACCUGGUUAUUCUUCAGGUUAUUCUUCACGUUAUUCUUAAGGUUAUUCUUCAGGUUAUUCUUCAGGUUAUUCUUCAGGUUAUUCUUCACGUUAUUCUUAAGGUUAUUCUUCAGGUUAUUCUUAAGGUUAUUCUUCAGGUUAUUCUUCAGGUUGUUCUUAAGGUUAUUCUUCAGGUUAUUCUUCAGGUUAUUCUUCAGGUUAUACUUCAGGUUAUUCUUCAGGUUAUUCUUAAGGUUAUUCUUCAGGUUAUUCUUCAGGUUAUUCUUCAGGUUAUUCUUAAGGUUAUUCUUCAGGUUAUACUUCACGUUAUUCUUAAGGUUAUUCUUCAGGUUAUUCUUAAGGUUAUUCUUCAGGUUAUUCUUCAGGUUGUUCUUAAGGUUAUUCUUCAGGUUAUUCUUCAGGUUAUUCUUCAGGUUAUACUUCAGGUUAUUCUUCAGGUUAUUCUUCAGGUUAUUCUUAAGGUUAUUCUUCAGGUUAUUCUUCAGGUUAUUCUUCAGGUUAUUCUUAAGGUUAUUCUUCAGGUUAUACUUCAGGUUAUUCUUCAGGUUAUUCUUCAGGUUAUUCUUCAGGUUAUUCUUCAGGUUAUUCUUAAGGUUAUUCUUCAGGUUAUACUUCAGGUUAUUCUUCAGGUUAUUCUUCAGGUUAUUCUUCAGGUUAUACUUCAGGUUAUUCUUAAGGUUAUUCUUCAGGUUAUUCUUAAGGUUAUUCUUCAGGUUAUUCUUAAGGUUAUUCUUCAGGUUAUUCUUCAGGUUAUUCUUCAGGUUAUUCUUCAGGUUAUUCUUCAGGUUAUACUUCAGGUUAUUCUUCAGGUUAUACUUCAGGUUAUUCUUCAGGUUAUUCUUCAGGUUAUUCUUCAGGUUAUACUUCAGGUUAUUCUUCAGGUUAUACUUCAGGUUAUUCUUCAGGUUAUUCUUCAGGUUAUUCUUCAGGUUAUACUUCAGGUUAUUCUUCAGGUUAUUCUUCAGGUUAUUCUUCAGGUUAUACUUCAGGUUAUACUUCAGGUUAUUCUUCAGGUUAUUCUUCAGGUUAUUCUUCAGGUUAUACUUCAGGUUAUUCUUAAGGUUAUUCUUCAGGUUAUUCUUCAGGUUAUACUUCAGGUUAUACUUCAGGUUAUUCUUCAGGUUAUUCUUCAGGUUAUUCUUCAGGUUAUACUUCAGGUUAUUCUUCAGGUUAUUCUUCAGGUUAUUCUUCAGGUUAUACUUCAGGUUAUACUUCAGGUUAUUCUUCAGGUUAUUCUUCAGGUUAUUCUUCAGGUUAUUCUUCAGGUUAUUCUUCAGGUUGUUCUUCAGGUUAUUCUUCAGGUUAUUCUUCAGGUUAUUCUUCAGGGUAUUCUUCAGGUUGUUCUUCAGGUUAUUCUUCAGGUUAUUCUUCAGGUUAUUCUUCAGGUUAUUCUUCAGGUUGUUCUUCAGGUUAUUCUUCAGGUUAUUCUUCAGGUUAUUCUUCAGGUUAUUCUUCAGAUUAUUCUUCAGGUUGUUCUUCAGGUUAUUCUUCAGGUUAUUCUUCAGGUUAUUCUUCAGGUUAUUCUUCAGGUUAUUCUUCAGGUUAUUCUUCAGGUUAUUCUUCAGGUUAUUCUUCAGGUUAUUCUUUAGGUUAUUCUUCAGGUUAUUCUUCAGGUUAUUCUUCAGGUUAUUCUUCAGGUUGUUCUUUAGGUUUUACGAAAGGGAGGAUGGACUUUUGUUUACACCCAUAUAGCUAUGAUAUAUGUGGUUAGCCAAUUAAUUAGUUUAUGAAUUGUGGGUAACAAUCACUCUGUAUGUUUACUUUUCAGGACAGUGUAAUGUUACCAAAAGUUACCAACAAAAUAUGUACGUUUAAUUACACUUCCUGAAUGAACUGAAUGGGAACCUGAAAUAACCCCUUGUUCCUGUCUGAUGUGACCACGUUAGGUGCGUUGGGGAGAGAAGGGCUCUACAGAGGAAGGGGCGCGGCUGGAGAAGGCUAAGAAUGCUGUAGUGUCUGUUCCUGAGGAGGAGGAAGAGCCCAUGAUGGCCAAACGGGCCCCCAAACCCACCCCCACAUACCACCAGCACCCAGAGUCCAAAUGGUAUACCCCUAUAAAGGUAGGUUCAAGAUGAUGUCCCAAAUGGGGAGCUUAUUCCCUUUUAAUGAUCUUGUUUUGGUCAGAGCCUGAUGAGGCCCAGCCAGUUGGAGAUGGCUUCCGGAAGCUUGGUUUCACUAUUGUUUUCACUUCACCGAUUCUAUUGUUUACGUUGUGAAUAGCGAAGUUGUGGAUUCUAUACAACUGUUAGUGACAGUAUCUUUAUUUUCCAUUGUCUCUGAUUGUGAAACAUUUUACAUAGAUAAAUACAGAGAUAUGCCAUGAGUAAAUGUUCAAGCACAGUCCUUUCUCUUCCUGUAUUCAGGGUCGUCUGGAUGCCCUGUGGGCUUUACUGAGGCGGCAGUAUGACCGAGUUUCCCUCAUGAGACCGACCACUGCAGACAAG